UCCGGUGUUUGGGAUGUCCAUGAACGGUGGCGAUUACUUACCAUCAGGUGAUCCGUCUGCUCGUUUGCCGGUUUAUGCCAUAAAAAAGAAACAUCAUCUGCUUGUAAGCGUUGCAUAUCUAAAAACUGCGAACCUAAUGAAAAGGUGAGCUGUUGUUACUACUUACUACCUACGUAUGGCGUGACAAAUGGUUUUGUUACAUACGUAGUCUGCUGCUCAGGAUGUAAGGGAUGUUUAUUGUCACCGAAUGCAAGUUAUUUAUUUACAAAUCGCAGAAACGCGCGACGGAUCCGCUGUCGUCGUCGGCGACCCGCUGUCUGCCGCUACUAGUACCAAAACACUCAACGUCUCACGUUGUCCAACUUUUGCAGUCACUGCGAAAUAACCUCAUAAAAUGGAAAGAAACAAUAACAAAGUGCGUCUGUUUUUCAAAAAGUUAUCAAGAAUAUUUUGGGGUCCAGUAGUAAGGUUCAGAAAAUUUAUAAGAAAAUGGAACAUGAAACAAAUAAAGAUUAUAAUAGCUAUCAGUGUAACGUUUAUUUUCAUAGGAUUUGUGACUAGUUUGUUUAGAUUAAGAAGGAAUAUCAUGAAGCCGACUAGUAGGAUGUCACCAACGGAAGCAUACUGGCUUGGAACUCCUAUGAGACACGUCCCUUUUGACGAGGUUUAUAAAGACAUAAGACCAAACAAUAAUAAUAUUAAUAACACACAAAAUGAUUAUGUUAUAGACGAUGAACAACAAGCACCAGCGGGAAUGGUGGAAACUCUCGGAUGCAAUAUACCAGUAGCCAUGAUCGAUUACGAAAAGUACAUUGUAAAUAGUACUAAAACCAAGAACGACAUGUGUGGAGUUCGAGCAGUAUUUUUACGAAAACAUGACGACGAUAAAGUUAUAGCCCGAAUAAAAAUGCAAAUAAUGUCGCAAUAUGCCACAAAUGGCGGUAAUUUUAAAUGCUGUUACAGAUUUAUUGUUGACGCCGUGCAAUAUGCACGUGAUCGUCCGAGAUUAAUGUUCAGUAACUGCACAUACUUUAAAGACGCGACCAUAAUAACAUUAAGGUCGGAUUUCAUCAACGUGAUAUGCUCAGAACUUAGUCCUAAUGGGACAAAACAGAUUAUCUACGAUGACAUGUAUGUCUUCAGCAAGAAAAUUAACUUUACAAAGCCGAAGGAAAGAAAAUGCAAAGUGCAGUACAACGUGCUUAUUCUAGGGAUGGACUCGAUGUCACUACCUCGCGCCGUAAAGACAAUGCCUAGAACUGCAGCUUACUUGAAUGAAAACCACUGGUUGGGUUUUAGAGGAUAUCAUAAGGUUGCAGAUAACUCGUUACCGAACAUAAUGGCUGCAUUAACUGGAAAAAAUAUGUCUUCAAUAAUACAAAAGUGUCAUGGAUCCAUGGACGCCUGUAACCGUUACCUAAUUUGGAAGACAUUUAAAGAUGCCGGUUACGUAACAGCUUAUGGAGAGGACAAUUUAAAAAUCGCUAACACUUUCAUAAAAGACUAUGCGUUUCGAAGAGCACCUACCGAUCAUUACUUGCAGCCAUUUUUUCUUAAAGGAGAGAAUAAUCGCAGAAACAGAACAUCUGUAUGCACAGGAAAAAUAUCUUCAGGGCAACAGCUACUGGACUACGCUCUUGAUUUCGCCAACACUUACAAAAAGGAUUCUUUCUUCGGCUUUUUCUGGAUAAAUUCGUUUAGCUACGACGAAAAAAGUCGACCAGAAGAAGCGGACAAACUUAUAGAAAACUUCCUGAACCAAUUAACUUACACAGGCAUUAUGUCAAACACUUUUAUAAUAAUUCUGAGCGAUCACGGUUUACGUUUUGGUAAUCAUCGCCUUAAAAUGGAAGGUUUCUACGAUGAUCGUAUGCCAAUGAAUUUCAUGUGGGUUCCGUUUAUUUUUAAAGGCAAAUACUCUUAUGAAUUUCGUGCCCUGGCAAUAAACCAGCACCGCUUGAUGACACCUUAUGAUAUUUAUAGCACUCUCUUGGAAAUAAAGAUGAUAUCUUUAUGCAGUAAUGCUAGUGUCCCAGCACCGGAAGGGUGUCGGAACUGUCACUCUAUAUUCGAAUUAAUCAGUGGCAACCGCACUUGCAAAGAUGCGGCCAUUCACAAAAAGUGGUGUACUUGCCACAAACUUUACCCUCUCGCAACAAACGAUCCAAUAGGAAUCAAAAGUGUAAACGUAGUAGUGGAUUACAUUAAAAGGAUGACAGUCAAUAUAGCCACGCAAAGAUGCUGGAGUUGCAAAGUCCCUUCCUUAAAACAUAUCCACAGAAUACAUUUCUAUUAUAAUUUUAUUGGAGAUAGUUCUGAAAUAUAUUAUGUGAUUGCGAUUACUCUUACGCCAGGUAACGCCACGUAUGAAGCGACUGUUUUGAGGAAAGAUGACUAUAGUAUAGUUGGGCCACUUAGUUUUAUUUCUUACUACAAAGGAUUAGGGAUGUGCGCAUUAAAUCGACAAGACCGUCUUUUUUGUGUAUGUCAAAAAGAAAAUUGUUAGGUUGUGAAUUUGUGCUGAAAUAAGUACCCACCUAUUUUACCACAGUGGUUAGCUGCAAUGGAAAAAUCUGUUUACACAUAAACAGACCAGUGAUCCAUUAGAACCACCCAGAUUGUAGUCUAAACGUGCAAUGUGAAAUUCCGUAGCGUACCUUGCCAAAAUGUGUUCAAAAGGUGUUGUUUGAUAUCGGGUAACUGCAAUUUUGUUUAGACUUGCAACUCACACCACUGAUGAAUUUUCUCAAAAAUCUUAUACAAAUUCAGUUUCCAUAAUCAUUUCACGCUAAGGCAUCUGGUAAUAAUAAUUACGAAGAUUAAUCGUUAGGUACAUACUUACGCAGGUAAUGUCGAUAAAGUUAAGUUGUUAAUAUAAUAAGUAGGUUAGGUACCCACCUUGAGAAAAUUUUCCAUGAAAAAGAAAUAUAAUGUGAUAUUUUAAAGUAAGUAAUAAUAUUAUAUGCCAUUGGCGAAACGGCUGUAAUUGUAUAUUUAUUAUUUAAUUACUGUAUAUUUGAAAGGGACUAUGGGUAGUACUUAGCUGUUAAAUAUUUUUACGCGCCUGUGGCGACACCAAAUUGGAAAACACUAUAAAACAUGAAUGGAAAAUAUAUGGGGAAAGAACAUUGAGAUAUACGUAGCAGUAAUAGCUCAAUGGGAAUGGGGCUAUUAGCACAGCUAUUAGCCAGUAAAAAAAAACUAUUGAAAUAAAUUUUAAAUAAUAAUUUAUGUCAUGAAUUUUAAAUAAUUAAUACUAUUAAUAGUAAAACUAAAAAUGCUUCUUGCACAGCAAAUUAUAAUGUUAAAUAAAUUAUUCUACUAUAUUCUUCAUUAAAGUUGGAGACUGGCACUUGUUGGGAUAUAUAGCAAAGAGCGACAGUUGAAUAAUUGCUAAAAUCGCUCCAACUAGAUUGGUAAGC